CCCGUUAUCCAAUCUAUCCCGCAACGUCUAUUAUUUCCAAAUGGAGGUUCUUAGGACUUGAUACUUCUUGAACUCCUCUCUGAAUCAGUCUUUACUGACCCAAUCGCUCACUCCUGGAGAUACUAGCUACCUGUAACGAAUUCACACCUCCUGAAGUCGUCUAAAAUCGCGACCUGACGACAGACCACACUUAUCUCCCUUGACCAGUGCCCAGUCUUACUCUUCUAUCAACGCUCUCCGUCGUUGAACCUCUUUCAAUCCCUUUCAAUCGCCCGUCAACACGAGGCGCGGGGUUCGUCCUUUUUUUUGGGGAAAUCAUGACUGGCGACGAUAGCAAAGGAGGAUCGCGGGGCCAAAUGCGGGUCAAAGAGGUCUACACGUACCCAAUCAAAUCUAUUCGUGGCAUCUCGCUGCCCUCACUGUCCGCUACCUACAAGGGGUUCCCCCACGAUCGACAUUUCAUGCUGUAUUCCGUCUCCAAGAACCAAAACAUGCACAUUGCCAUGUUUACCGAAAUGUGUUUGUUUACUACUCAGUUCGAUGACAAUGCGGCCCCGACCAAGUUGCUCGUUAGUUACGCCAAGGACUAUGCUUUUGCCCGUCCCGAGGUCAAGAUCGAUGAUGGCCGUGAUUCUCUCGAAAUAGAUCUUGCGCCAGACACGCAGGUCUUGGCCCCAUUUGAAAUCACGAUGCAUUCGAGUCCUGUUGUGGCUUACGAUAUGGGCAAACAAGUCAAUGAUUGGUUUUCUUUGAGGUUUGGUCACGAAGUCAAACUGCUUUAUAUUGGUUCAAGCACCCGCAAGGUCUUGGGAAAUGUGUCACCGACUGUGGCUGGGCAACAGCGAGAUGGCUUGCGCACUGGCUCUGCAUCUGCAGAAGCAAAACCUGCUGGCUCAUGGUUGGGGAGUAUCACGUCUACCGCCAAUUCUUUGUUGACUUCUGUCAUGGGCAAACAGUAUGAGGGUGAAGACCACGGCAUCUCGUUUGCCGAUGUGGCUCCAUACCUGGUCAUCAGCUCAACAAGCUGGGAGAAUGCCCAGCGUCGUCUGGACGGUACAGGGGAGCUUCUCGACAUUUCCAAGUUCCGACCGAAUAUUAUCGUCGAAGGGGCUGAAGCAGAAUGGGAGGAGGAUUUCUGGGCUGAGCUUGUUGUUGGAGAACAGAACGCCAAGUUUGUCCUGACGCAAAAUUGUGCCAGGUGUAACAGCCUAAACGUCGACUACGAGACGGGUCAAGUUGGCAAAGGAGAGGCCGGCAAGAUCCUGAAAAAAUUGAACAGCGACAGGAGGGUCGACCCCGGCUUGAAGUGGAGUCCUGUCUUUGGUAGAUAUGGAUUCCUUGCCAAACUCGGCCCGGGGAAGGAGGCAAUUGACAUUGCAGUUGGCGACGAGGUUCAAGUCGCGCGAAGAAACACCGACAGGACCGAGUUUGAAUGGCCUAAUCUCAGCACCAACAACAAGUAAACUCUGCCGAAUUACAAUUAUUCGCAUAGUGCAGAUGCACACUCUGGCUUGUCUAUUCGUUGGUAGGUAUUUUCGUCUGGCCUCUUGGUUAGGCUCUUUGGUGCGAAUCGAGGCAUAUGUCAUUAUCGUGACGGUCGUAAUUAUAUUAGGCGUUUUGGUCAUUUGGCGGAGCGUGCAAACAUGUUUCUGACACUCCCCUGCCGACUCCCACCGAUCCUGCCAUCAAGCGCUUUGGGCGCAUAUCUCGCCUCUGGCUGUCGUAUACCCUUGGCGACGCUGUCCAACACCCACUGGGCGGUCACGUAUUUGAUCCCUUUACCACCAAUAGUGGUGAUCUCUUUGUUGAGCUUUCCGGAUGCCAGGCCGCCCCCACACGUAUUGCCCAAGAUCACAUGGGUAACAGUUCGUCGACCUAGGGCGAAAGAGGCGUUGCCCCCGUGCUGGACAAAUAGCUGUUUGAUCUUAUGAUCAGAUACCAAGGGGGCGGUGGAACCGUUUAAAUAGAAGGUCAGGUUUCGGAAGAUCUGUGGUGGUGGUGGUGGUGGGAUGGGAGGUGUAGUUGUUAUGAGUUGAAAUUUGUCGUCGUCGUCCAAAGUCAUUGUGGUCGUCGCUACCUUCAAGUCAUGUUUGUUAUUCAACGAUGUGAUGGAGUCUUUGCUGUGCGCCUGAUGGAGGUUGUGGGGACUGUUGUGUUGGUCACCUUUUUCCAACUUCUUUGCCCGUUUCAUACUGUCGC